UCAGAUGAUGAUGAUGACGAUGAUGAUAAAACUAGCAAUAUAGAGGAGAGGAAACAGCAAACCAACCGCCCAAAAAACAAGAAGAGAGAAAGAGAAGCAAAAACCUCUCUCUCUCUCUGUCUAAAGCAAGAAGAAGAAGAAGAAGAAGAAGAAGAAGAAAAAGAAAAAAGCAAAGUAAUUGACUGCUCUAAUUAUCAGAGAGCAGCAAACAAAGUUAGAGUCUUGGAGAGGAUUAUAUUCAUCAAUCUCUGACUCCCUGUCAUAUCAAUUUCAAACCCCCACACCCCAUACUUUUGGUUUUAACUCUCAUCAUCUGGGUACCCAUCAUUUUCUUUACUUUUAAUUGGUUGGAUCAGAGUGGGAGUUAAAAAGAGAGGAGAAAAAAGAGACCCAUGAAUCCUCUUGUUCUUGUUUUUGCUGUGCUGCUCAUAUUUCCAUUUUCGACCCAACACUGAGAGAGUGAGUUUGUGUUUGUGUUUAUUGGUUCAAAAGUUCGAAACUUGAUAAUGGAAACUCCGCCGCCGCCGGAGGAGCUGCUGAAGAAGAUCCAGGUACUGGAGGAGGGUCAGGAGCACCUGAAGGAGGAGAUGUCCAAGCUCCGGAACAACUCCUCCGAUGCUAAGUCCGAGCAGCACCCGAGGGCCCACUCGGUCUCGCCGCAGCGGUCCAGAUUCUCGUCUUUGCCCAAGAGGAGAGUCGCCGGGGGCGGUGCCGGCGCCGGAGCCGACGCGGUGGGUUGGAAGAGAGGGUCCACUUCGUUUCGGCAUUCUUCGCCGCUGCAGAGGGAGAGCCGCAGCCAUGAUCCUCCGACUGGCGGCAGCGGCCACGCCGGCGAUGAUUUUAGAGGUGGAGGUGGUAGCGGGCCGUCGGCGGUGAACUUUACUGAUAGGCAGUAUCUGAAUAUAUUGCAGUCCAUUGGGCAGUCUGUGCAUAUUUUUGAUCCCCAUGGUCGUAUAAUUUACUGGAACAAAACAGCUGAAGCUAUGUAUGGUUAUUCAGCGGCAGAGGCCCUGGGACGGGAUCCCAUUGAGUUCUUAACAGAUCCCCAGGACCAUGUUGUAGGACAUAAUAUAAUCCAAAGAGUCACCAAGGGGGAGAGCUGGACAGGGCACUUCCCUGUCAAGAACAAAAAGGGGGAGAGAUUUUCAGCUACUAUAACGAAUACUCCAUUCUAUGAUGAUGAUGGCACUUUUAUUGGGGUUAUUUGUGUGUCAAGUGAUACGAGGGCAUUUCAAGAAAUGAGGGUCCCUUUUUCAGGGCUGACCCACCCUGAACCAGAUUCAAGCUUCAGUCGUACUAAAGCUACUGUUACAACUAAACUUGGUCUUGAUCCUCAGCAGCCUCUGCAAACUGCAAUUGCAUCAAAAAUUACAAAUUUGGCAUCCAAGAUGAGCAACAAAGUCAAGUCGAAAAUUCGGGCAGGAGAAAACUAUAUGGAUCAGGAAGGUGGGAGUGUAGAUGGUCAUCAUUCUGAUCAUGGUUUGGACUAUGACCAUCGGGAGGAUGCAAAUUCAAGUGGGGCUAGCACACCUAGAGGAGAUAUAGCCCCAUCUCCUUUUGGUGUGUUUUCCCAGAUGGAUGAAAAGUCUCCAGGAAAACCUUCCAGAGAUUCUGGCGAUGAGAGUGAAGGAAAACCGCCAAUGCACAAGUUAAUAUCCUCAAAGGCAGAAGCAUGGAUCGGUAAGAAAGGGAUAACUUGGCCAUGGAAAGGAAAUGAGCGAGAAGGGUCAGAGGUUAAGACCCCUCGUUUUCUUUGGCCUUGGUUGCAAAAUGAUCAAGAGAAUGAUCCAGUUCCUCAGAAGAAUAAUUGUGGUUCAAAACCUGACAAUUACGCAACUGAAAGUAAUCGACAUGCAACUAAUGAGGCUUCAGGAUCCUGGACCUCCUCAUUUAAUGUUAACAGCACAAGCAGUGCCAGCAGCUGUGGAAGCACCAGCAGUACUGUGAAUAAGGUAGACGUGGACACUGAUUGCUUGGAUUACGAAAUCUUGUGGGAAGACUUGAUAAUUGGAGAACAGAUUGGGCAAGGUUCAUGUGGAACUGUAUACCAUGGUCUGUGGUACGGAUCAGAUGUUGCCGUCAAGGUAUUCUCCAGGCAAGAAUAUUCAGAAGAUGUGAUACUUUCCUUCAGACAAGAGGUAUCUCUUAUGAAAAGGCUUCGACAUCCAAAUGUUCUGCUUUUCAUGGGAGCUGUGACUUCUCCCGAGCGUCUUUGCAUCGUAACAGAGUUCCUCCCACGCGGAAGUUUGUUUCGGUUACUACAAAGAAGCACAGCAAAACUAGACUGGAGACGACGUAUUCAUAUGGCUCUGGAUAUAGCACGAGGCAUGAAUUAUCUUCAUCAUUUCAACCCUCCAAUCAUCCAUCGAGAUCUGAAGUCUUCAAAUCUCCUAGUUGAUAAGAACUGGACUGUCAAGGUUGGUGAUUUUGGUCUUUCACGUCUAAAGCAUGAAACAUUUCUCACAACCAAGACUGGGAGGGGAACGCCUCAAUGGAUGGCACCAGAAGUCCUACGCAAUGAACCCUCAGAUGAGAAGUCGGAUGUAUAUAGCUACGGAGUGAUAUUGUGGGAGCUUGUUACUGAAAAGAUCCCUUGGGAUAAUCUAAACUCAAUGCAGGUGAUUGGAGCUGUAGGGUUCAUGAACCAAAGACUAGAGAUCCCAAAAGAUAUUGACCCGCAAUGGAUUUCUUUAAUUGAGAGCUGCUGGCAAAGUGAUCCCGCUAGCCGGCCAACAUUUCAAGAGCUGCUGGAAAAGCUUCGAGAUCUGCAGAGACAAUACGCUCUUCAAUUCCAAGCAGCGCGGUCCGCCGCAAGUGAUAGCACCCAAAAAGAACUGUAGACCACCAAGCUUACUCUUUGUGUAUAGGAUUUCAUUGCUUCGUUUACCACAUUGGGGAUGAAGAUGAAGCAGGCCACAAAUUGAGCUACUUGCAUUUGUUAAUGGCAAGUGGUAUUGGCAGCCAAGGAUAGCCACAGAAGGCCUUGUGGUAUUGGAACCACAAAAUUCAAAGUGAGAUGGAUAGUUGUGAGCUACCUAACUUUAGAUGGUGAUGGGUUGGUUGUGUGAUGCUUGUUUAUUCACUGACAUAAAAUUUUAUGGGCUAAAUACUGGUUACUACCCUAUGGUUUAGGUCCAAAAUUAAUUCAGUCCCUGAACUUCUAAUUUCAUCAAAAACACCCCUGCACUUUCAAUUUUGAUCUAAUAGGUCCAAUUCGUUAAUAUUAUGUUAUGGGUUCAAGUUAUAGUUGGAUUAUUUGUUGAAAAAACUAUUUAUUUUUAAUAGUAGGACUCACUCCUAAAUUGACUAUGCAAGCCACCUCGACACCACAUCAUAAAACAUAGGCCAUAUAUGAGCUACGUUAACAAGUUAAAUAACUCAAUUGUCGGAAAACUAACAAAUUGGACCUAUUAGAUCAAAAUUGAAAGUGCAGGGGUGUUUUUGAUGAAAUUAGAAGUUCAGGGACUGAAUUGAUUUUGGACCCAAACUACAGGGUAGUAAUAUGUAUUUAGCCCAAAUUUUAUCUUCAAAGUACAGGGAGUCAUGUCUGUUUGGAUCUCAUGUCACCCCAUUUUGUUAUUGUUUUAUAUGAUGGGAAAGUUUCAGCACCACGUAGACAAAAUUGUUGUACAAAGGGGAAAAUACUUCACAGUUAGUAUUCAUUUGAGUAAAUAUAGUGAUCAAUAUUUUGCUUA